UAAUAUAACACCCUCUACAGGUCGGCGCAAUAAGGAAGAGUUCUUUUUACGGAGGCUCUCAAUAACCGACGGAUUUUCUUUUCCCCUCCCCGAGAAGUGUAACGCUUUUAAGAUCGUAAACAGACUCCAUGGCGGACGCAGAGCAGCAGUUUAUGGAGACGGCGGAAAACGGGUACCCAGGCGAAGAGAACGGGGCGCAGGGCUACGACGACGGCGGCGCGAGCGCAGGCCUGCAGGCCCAAACGGAGAACAAUGGAGCCGGAGACGGAACUCAGGACGGAGACGGCGGCCGGAUUGAAGCGAGUAAAAGUGAAGAAGAUGCUGGGAAAAUGUUUGUUGGGGGACUCAGCUGGGAUACUAGUAAAAAGGAUCUCAAAGAUUACUUCUCUAAAUUUGGUGAGGUGACAGACUGCACCAUUAAAAUGGACCCAAACACUGGACGAUCAAGAGGAUUUGGGUUCAUUCUGUUCAAAGAUUCGGCAAGUGUAGACAAAGUGUUAACACAGAAGGAGCACCGGCUCGAUGGACGGCAGAUCGACCCCAAGAAAGCCAUGGCAAUGAAGAAGGAGCCGGUCAAGAAGAUCUUCGUUGGCGGGCUGAACCCGGAAACGACGGAAGAACGGAUCCGAGAGUACUUUGGUGCCUUUGGAGAGAUUGAGACCAUUGAGCUUCCAAUGGAUCCAAAGACAAACAAAAGGAGAGGAUUUGUCUUCAUAACUUUUAAGGAAGAAGACCCAGUCAAGAAGAUCAUGGAGAAGAAAUUUCACAAUGUCAGUGGAACCAAGGAUGCAAACGGGAAGGAGAGCCUGUGCGAGAUCAAGAUCGCUCAGCCGAAGGAGGUGUAUCAGCAGCAGCAGUACGGCGGUCGCUUCGGAGGUGGAGGCAGAGGCAGGGGGGGGCGUGGUGGUGGCCAGGGUCAAAACUGGAACCAAGGUCAGAGUAAUUACUGGAAUCAGGGCUACGGGAACCAGGGCUAUGGCUAUGGAGGGCAGCAAGGCUACGGUGGAUAUGGAGGCUACGGAAACUACGACUACUCAGCAGGCUACUAUGGUUAUGGUAGCGGCUAUGAUUACAACCAGGGAAACACAAACUAUGGAAAAACUCCAAGACGUGGUGGCCACCAGAAUAACUACAAACCAUACUGAUCAUGUUGUGCAGGUAAUGCCGCACAGGAGCCUGUGACCUGAUCCCAGCCGACCCCUGGGCUUCAGUCUUUUACUUUUACUGGAUGUAGGCAGAAUCUGGACUUCUGCUCCAUUUUUCUUUUUUUGUACAGACCACAAGUGAGGAACCGGGAAAAGCAAAUGUCACUUUUCACGUUUUCAUUUUAUACCCUUUUUUUCUUUUCUUUUCUUUUUUGUCCAUUUUACAUUUCCAGAGAUGGAAGUGUUAUUUUUACUGUACUUUUUGGUACCUUUUUGAAUCUAAUGUAUUGUAUGGUUGUAUUUUACGUCUCGGCUGCAUUUACCACACACCUUCGCCCUGAAGCUCUGGAAAAGAAAAAUCCUUUACAUAAUAAAUUGAUUUUUGUUUAA